AUGACGGUUACCACUACGGACUACGUCGUCACAGACAGAUGUGGAAUCAUUGAGAGCCGGCACCAGGUGCACGCCGCCGUUACCGAUGUCACGGGGAAGCUCCUGUUCGCUGUCGGGGAUCCUUCACGGAUGACGCUGGCGCGGUCAGCAGCGAAACCUGCGCAGGCACUUGCCAUCCUUGAGACUGGGUGCUUUGAGAAAUUCCUGGGGCUUGAUGAUGCCGAUUUGGCGCUGAUGUGUGCAUCGCAUAACAGUGAAGAGAGACAUAUUGUGCGCGCACGGGCGAUGCUGGAGCUGAUCGGGGCGGGAGAAGAUGAUCUUCGAUGUGGUGGGCAUGCUGCGCUUUCGGAUGCCGUUAAGCGGGAAUGGAUCAAGCAGGAUUAUACCCCUACUGCGGUUUGCAAUAAUUGCUCUGGCAAGCAUGCUGGGAUGUUGGCUGGGAGUCGAGCGGUUGGUGCUGGGUUCAUGGGCUAUGAGCUCCCCGACCAUCCUAUGCAAUUGCGGGUUAAGCGGGUUGUCGAGGAACUGAGUGGGUUGGAAGGGGAUAUGGUGAAAUGGGGAAUCGACGGGUGUAAUCUCCCGGCCCCGGCGUUGCCACUGCAGUAUAUGGGCAAGAUGUACGCGGCGGUUGCGGCUGCAGCAGAUGCAGUGGAUAAAAGCGACGGCUUGUCAACCAGAACACAGGCGUUGAGCCGGAUCUUCCAUGCGAUGUCUCAGUAUCCAGAGCUUGUUGGCGGCCAUGGUCGAUUCUGCACCGAACUCAUGCGGGGAUUCCAGGGUGCGCUUAUUGGGAAGAUCGGCGCUGAUGGUUGUUAUGGCGUUGCGAUACGGGCGUCGGAGCAGACAAGGAAGCUGGGCGCAGUCGGGGCGAUUGGGAUCGCGGUCAAGAUAGAGGACGGGAACAUUGGGGUGCUUUAUUCUGCGGUUGCGGAAAUUCUCGAAAGGCUUCGAAUUGGUGCGCCGGAGAUGCGCCUGAAGCUUGCAGCAUUCCACCGGCCUGAUAUAGUGAAUACUGCUAGUGUGGUGACGGGAGGUUAUUCCCAUGUAUUCGAAUUACGGCGUCUCUGA